CAGAGAGAGAGAGAGAGAGAGAGAGAGAAUUUGUUGAUGGAUAGCGAGUGAAGCAACUCAACUGCAGAAAAUACUUGAAUAGAAUCCUCCUUCCACCAGACAUCGUCCCUAAAAAUCCCUAAUUCUUUUGGAUGGAUAACCCCAAAUUCAAGAAAUUAGCAAGGCAUUCGAAGAACCCUUUUCGUGGUUCUCACAUAAACAAUCUUGACGAUGGCUGUCUGAUGCUCAUUUUCAGCUUCCUCUCUCCUAUCCCAGAUAGGUAUAACACCGCCCUCGUUUGCCACAGAUGGCGUUUCCUGGCAUGUCACCCUCGGCUGUGGUUGCGCGUAGAUCGAUCUGUCAAAGAUUUAUCUCAGCCUGGAGUUUACCCUAGCAUUGAGACAGCUGUUUCUGCUGCAAGGCCGGGGGACACUAUACUGAUUGCAGCAGGAGGGAUUCACCGCACUUCUAAUAUUCAGAUUAAAAAGCCUCUUUGCCUGAUUGGUGCAGGUGAACUUCCUGAUGAUACAACACUUAUCUGCUCCCGCGGUUCUGAGAGUGCACUGGAGUUCUUGUCAACGUGCAAACUUGCGAACUUGACCGUAAGAGCAGAGCUCGGUUGCUGCCUGCUUCAUAGGAGCGGGAGGCUCACAAUUGAUGGCUGUAUUCUUCAAUGCGAGUCGAAUCCUUUAGACCAUCUAUCUCAUGCCAUUGUAACUACUGCAACUGCUCCUCGUGGGAUUCAACCUGUACUAAAGAAUACUGCGGAUUCUGUUACUGUAACGCGAACGAGGAUCGAAGGAGGUGCGAAGGCUGUGUUGACAAGCGGAACUCUCUCUCUGCAGCAAGUUCGGGUCAUAUAUACUCGCACUUCCCUGUUCUUCUGGUUCAAUGUCGAGGAAAGUUGACAAUAUCACGUCCUCCGUCCUUACUAGUAGGUUAACCGUUGUUUUCCUUUUACAUCUUAUUUUAUUUUUAUUAUUCUCUUCCCCUCUCUGUGAUUUGGAGUCUGUAUUAUAUUUUCAGCAUUGUAUUAUCUCAUGUAUUUCUAGUGUUUAACUGUGGCUGAUGUUGUAUAGUAGCCUCAAAAUUGAAUGCAACGUGAAGUGGUAAACUUUAUUUUAGUUUUUAUUUAUAUAAUUU